GUGAAUGUUCCUAAACAGCGGCGGACAUUUUGCAAAGGCAAAAAAUGCAAGAAACACACAGUGCACAAAGUGACACAGUACAAGGCUGGCAAAGCCUCACUGUAUGCGCAAGGUAAAAGACGUUACGACCGGAAACAGAGUGGUUAUGGUGGUCAGUCCAAGCCUGUGUUUAGAAAGAAGGCAAAGACAACACGUAAAAUUGUCUUACGCAUGGAGUGCACAGAAUGCAAAUACAGGAAACAAUUGCCCAUUAAACGUUGUAAACACUUUGAGUUGGGUGGUGACAAGAAGAGAAAGGGGCAGAUGAUCAUGUUCUAG